GCUUAUAUAAAUUGCUUGGUUGAGAAGGUGCUGAGUAUAUUCGCUUAGGACCAACGAGAUGAUGUUUCUUCUGCGAUUUUUCGCCUCGGCUCUGCUGGUGCAGACCGUACUCGGUGCACCUGAAGGAGUUGGAAAGGACAUUACGAACAGCACAAAAGGUCUGCGCUUUACAAUUGGAACUUCUGAGUACACGGUCAUUCCUCAGUCGUUCAGUUGGUUCAGUGCUAAAUACGCCUGCAAGGAAUUGGGAAUGGAAUUGGUCAGCAUAGAAAGUGCAGAAGAAAACACAGCAAUCACACAAAAUAUAGCCGAAAUCUAUAAAAAUGAGUAUUUCUGGACUUCUGGUGUCCGAAUCGGUACAUUCAAUGAAUACUACUGGGAGUCAACUGGCACUUUCUUUGGGCCCUACACGAACUGGGACAGCACCUCUCCUACCUUUGAUGACAUGCUGAUGCACGUCGAAUUUAACACGUUCCUCAAUCCCGGGGCUGAGAUUAAGUGGAAUGAUUUCUAUGCAACUUAUGGAAGGAUGGCACUUUGCGAACUUCGCGCGCAAACCUACGACACAUCAGUUAAAACUAAACCUGGACUGUUCAGAAUCGGAGAUGGAUUUUAUGAAAUUUCUCCUAUCAAACUACCGUGGUUCCACGCCAAAAAUGACUGUCGCUCCAAAGGAAUGGACCUGCUCAGUAUCGAAACAGAGGAAGAAAACAUUGCACUGAUUGCGGCCCUUCAGGAAUAUACCGAGAACUUUUGGACUUCUGGAAGUAAGUUCGACACUAUAGAUUAUGUCUGGCAGGCAACUGGCCAGCUGAUUGCAAACACUUUCACCAACUGGGCCGAAGGAGAGCCUGGCCCUUUUUGCGGUUUGAAGAUGAACAACAACACCCAAACCCGCCAGUGGAUCGGUGCAGAUUGUUAUGCUGAAUCCGAACUGGCUCGAUAUGUGUGCGAAUUCCACCCUCGCAAAUAAAACUGACACACUGCACCAUGCAAUCUGAAAUAAACUCUAA